UUCGAGACGAAACUUGCGAUAUAUUUUGGGUAGUCAUAGCGAUCGGCUUCCUGAUUGGGAUUUUCCUUCGAGUGGCCCAAUCGGGUUUGCAAGACUGUACCCAGCACGGCGAGGAAAGCACGCCGCGUUACAACAAUAGCCAACCACAAACUGCAAUCGUUUUUGUUUUCCGCCCUCUCUAGGGUACAAGUGCGUCCGCUCUCGUUUUUUUUUCUCCUCGUCUUCCACGUAACUUGGCAAAUGCUUGUUUUCAAUGCCUGCUCGUUACUUGGCGUGCUAGACUGACAGACCGAAGAGGAGUGAAAAAAAAAAAUCAUACCCUAGACCCGUUGGCAACGCUACAAACAAAAAGUCCUGCGUCAUUAGCGUCUCUGGCGGAAAUCCCUUCGGACCAACCGCCGUGUGACUACUGUUUUUAUUUGUUUUGUUUAUCCGUCCUUAUUUUGGGGCACUUACAGUCCGCCUCCUUUUCACCUUCUUCCAUCCCUUUGAAGAAGAAGAAGAAAACGUCUCGCUCGACUUGGACCGUGUCUUGUUUCAUUGGCCCAUUCUAUAGAGAGCGUUAAAAGGAAAAGAAAGGGCAGGAAUAAAGUAAAAGCGAGUGUGAUAAAAGAAAAGCAAGAAAAAAAAAAAAUAAGAGCACUCUUUUAAAAAAAAGUACUGGUCAGUAUGUGCCAUUUCGAUAUAGUAGAUUUUGGUGUUCAAGUGCGCCGUGUCUCCCGCUCGUCGUGCCCGGAGUGAGUCCUCAGUGCGUGGAUAUUGAGUGCCAAGUGGGCCAGAAUAGAACACGGUACGGAAACAAGAGGAGGAAAAAAAAAAGAACAGAGGGAAGUGGAAGAAGCGAAUCCAAUCUCUUUGCUUCCGGCUUGGCGUGACGAUUUGUCAAGAGAGCCAACCAUCGUUAUCCUUGCACUAGCAAAGCGAAGGUGUGCAAGGAUCGACCGUAGAAAAGCGCCCACCAACAACACACACAAAAAAAAGCUAUUUCUAUCCCACGGCAGUUCAUCAUCAAAACGAAGGAAGAAAUGUGUCAGUGUUUCUUUGCUCGUGCAAGCCCUUCGAGAUGUCCAGUGUCUUUUGAUGGACUGUUGCAACGCAGAGCAACUGCAGUGCCAUAAGCGCAACCACAUCGGAUCUAACCAAAAGAAAGAGAAAGGCAUGACAAAUGUUUUGAGGAGAAAGCAGUCUUUUGAGGGCAUUCGUCAUCGCCGUUUAUCUGACAUGGACCGUGCGUGACUCGAUGAAGUGCCAACAGCAGUGAACGAUGCUGCUUGAAACACAAGAAAGGAAGAGAAACGAACAGUACAACUCUCCCAAUUUAAGAGAAAAAAAAAAACAGGGGGAAAAAAUUGAAACACUAUUUUUGUGCAUCGGUUGUUGUUUCUGUUCAAGAUUUCGCCUGACGAGGGAUUGAGUAUCAAAAUCCCGCUCCAAUGCUUUGUGAAGCGUGUAGACGCCGGAGAAAAAAACUAGAGCAAUUCACGUGAAUCUGAAGCUGCAGUCGAGUGCGAGAAUAGACUGAAAGAGAAACUGACGACAGAGUGGCGGGAGCUGUGGUAUUCAAAAAAUAUAUGUAAUUUUUUGAAAUCUUGCAUCUAACGAACCAAAAAAUUAAAGGAAAAGCUCAAGUGAAGAGAAAGUUAUAAGUGAACUCCGGGAAUUUAAAAAAAAACGCGAUGGCGGCCAACAGUUUGCGCGUCUUCUUUCAGAGUUUGCUCUCGGGACCUAUUCAGCCAAUUCAUCAAAAACGUCACAUCAAUCAGACGUCGUCUUGGCUACCCCCAAUCGACAAUUGGAAUGGCAGCAUCCAGGCUGGAGCCGGCGGAGGGAUGUCGCUGCCCUAUGGCUGGGAGGCAGCUACCGACCGAGAGGGCAAAGCCUACUUCAUCAACCAUUUGAACAAAACGACAACGUACGAGGAUCCGCGCAAGGAUUGGGGAGAAGAACCGCCUCAACCGCGCGAGGUCGAACUCUCUCGCCAUCCAGAACUCGGUUUCGGUUUCGUGGCCGGCAGCGAAAAGCCGGUCAUCGUCAGGUUCGUGACAGAAGGUGGUCCGAGUGUUGACAAAUUGCUGCCGGGCGAUCAAAUUUGGAGGAUCAACGGAGAAGACGUCAAACACGCGCCACGCGAUCAUGUCAUUCAGUUGGUCCGCUCUUGCAAGGAAACGGUCCAUCUUGCCGUUUGUCAACCGCCGUUGGAUAAUUCGACACGCAAAUCCGCUCUGCUCAGUGCCGCAAAGAAAGCCAAACUCAGAAAUAAUCCGUCUCGCGUUCGCUUUGCCGAAGGCGUGGUUAUUAAUGGCACCACGUUACCACUGAGCCAGUCGCUGAGCAAAGAAGAGCCGUGCGCUCCGCUGAUGCCCAAUGUCAUGAAGGUCUACCUGGAGAACGGACAGACCAAGUCUUUCAAGUAUGACUCGGCCACGACCGUCUCCGACGUCCUCAACUCGCUCCAGCAGAAACUCGGCUUCAAGUCGAUGGAUCACUUUUCCCUAUGCGUCGAGCACGUCAAGAGCAUACGCAAGAAUAAACUGACGCUCCUCGAUCCAGCCGAGUCGCUCGCAUGGAUUGCUGCUCGACCUGGAGCCCAUAAUCUGCGCUGCAUGUUGCGAAUAGCGUUUCUGCCGAAGGACGCCUACGACUUACUUCGGAAAGAUACCGGAAGUUUUGAAUACCUCUUCACACAAUGCUGCAAUGAUGUGGUUCAGGAGAGGUUCGCUCCAGAGCUCAAGUACGAUAUCGCCUUGCGAAUCGCGGCGCUUCACAUGUACCAACACGCCUUGACGAACAAGAUGCAGGGAAAGCUCACCAUCAAAAACAUUGAGCGCGAAUACGGGCUGGAGCGCUUUGUACCCACAUCGCUGGUCGAGGCGAUGAAACGCAAAGAGCUGCGCAAAUUGCUGUCGCACUUUUUCAAAGUCAAUCAACAGCUGACGGCGCCUGGGCAGAAACAGUUGACAAUCCUACAGGCCAAGCUGCACUACCUCAAAAUCAUUGCCGAACUGCCCAGCUAUGGCGCAAAGUGUUUCUCCACCAACUUCAAGUCGGAUUCAAACGUUGAAACUGUGAUACUGGUUAGCCCGAAGUUUGGCGUUAGUCAAAUAUCUGGAAUGCGGAGCAGUGCGCCUUUGACGCUGUGUAACGUCGAAGACAUCACCUCUCUGAAUGUGAGACGUGAGGACGAGUUAAUACAGUACGUUGAAAUCCGUUUGAAAGAUCCUGAUAAGGAGACUUUGCUCUUAAGCCUGGAGGAACGUGACGCCGAAGAGAUCAUCCUCGUUUUGCGUGGGUAUCAUAAAUUGGCCACUGAUCGCGUCUUGCCCGUCCAUAGAGAGAGAAGCCGAUGGACCCAAGAUUCCGCGCCACCGUAUCACACGAGGCACACAGUACUUCCUUCUCCAUGGAGCUUUGUUGAACAACCGCCUGCUUCAUGCGGUGCAUCCGAACCUGAAGAAAAACUAGUUCGUUACGCCGAUUUGUCGGUACCACCUCCAUAUCACCCUCCACCGCAAGGCUUCCAGCUACCCAACAAUCGCUACCCUUGCGCUGGUGAACACGACGAGGGAGCCAUCGGUGAAAGAGAAUUCGAUGAUCCAUUCGAUCCAACUGCGACUUACGAUAGUCCACGCGCUCUUCGAGGCGUGUCGUUAGCCCUGUGUCCACAGCAAAAUAAUAAGGUUGACAGCAAUAUGAAUAAGCCACUGCCCAACAACAAUGUUGAUGCUGCUGGAGCAACGGCUGCGAUGAAGAACCGCAUGCCAGUCUUGACAUCGGUCUCGUCACGUGAGAUGCCAGCUGCCCGUCGAGUUUCUACGCUGGAGACGGCAGUUCCCAGUCACAAACUAGGGUUUGACAUGCCCAGCGUCGUAUCGAUGGAAAUUUUAGAAUCCCAGCAGCAACAGACGGAACUGCUUGUCCAGCAAUUAGCUGACUGCUCGGAGGCUCGUAACGAUGCAGUCAUUCAACGUGUUUCAGAGCUUAAACGUUUGGUGGAAGACGCUGAACAGUACCUGACGGGCGGCGGGGAUCGAGCGAGUCGAGUCUCUGACGUUGAGACUUCCAGCCUCUUGUCAGACAUGUCACAGCUAUCGAAAACUGAGUCGGAUCAGUCAGGUAGCGGUGCCGGCGCUGGAUACGGCCGGCUCCGUCACAGCGAUUCGCUCCUGCUUUUAACACAGGGACAGAAACAACUAUCAUUGCCAGACAAUUCAACGAUCUUGUUGGAUGCUGCGGAUCACGCGUCCAGUAGCGACACGGAUUCCGUCAGUACGACGCCCAAUCAGACGCCAACUCACAGUCCGUCUCAGCGGCCCAAAUCCGCUGAAGCCCUGAAAAACGGCCCGCCAUCUAGGCCGCCUUCGAUGCUCAAACCGAGCGAUUCCAGCUUCGGUCUACACAGUCCGGACGUCAUCCCGAACGUGGCCGGACACGAAGAGAAGGAUCUAGAAGGUCUACUUCGUCGUCUACAGGACGACCUUCCAUUAGCCGAAGGAUCGCUCAUCUACCUCGAUCCGGAUAUCAUCGAUCUGACCAUGAUUCCGCCGCCCAUCACUCCAGAAGAGGACGGACUGAAAAUGAAGUUCCCAGCUACUAUCAACGAACCACCGACACCUUUCGCCGAUCGCGAUUCGCUGGAGAACGAGCUGGCCGCCAUGAAAUCGACGCCGUCUGCAGCUGCUCGUGGCCGUCCUUCACCAUCCGAUCUUGGAGAAUUACAAGAUUUGACGGAUUUGGCUCAAUGGGCUGAUGUCGUCUCUGAUUCAUCGUGUCUCAACAGCAGCCAGGAGAGAGACUUCCAUGACUCGGAAGACAAAUUUUCACUGAGCGGCGUCAGCACUCGCUCGGUUAGUUCGCUAGCCAGCUCAGUCCGUGCUGGAUCCACGUCUAGCUUGUCAGUCCAGACGUUGACGGAGAGCAAGAGGCGAUGGAUAGCAGACGAGAAGCGAAAACAUUUGACAGCCAAUCCUGAUUUGGACAAGUUCCUAUCUACGGUAGCCGUACCUUUACCUCCAGUUGGCGGCACCAAAUCUUCGUCUCAAGCUGGAUCGGGUGAUUUCAGCAACGACGACUUAUCUGCGUACAUCAUUCCACCACCGCCGGCGAAUGCCAGCAAUUCGUCUAAUAAUGGACUCGUCAUAUUGCAGAAGCUCUACGCUGCACGUGAAGGCAUUUUCCAGGUAAUGAGAGAAGAGCCUCCUUCCGGUGUAAACAGCGUCCAGCAAAGCGCAAAGAACUUUGACGAAAAAGAUCGAGUCAUGGUGGAAAUGAAAGUGCGCUUCGAACAGCGAGAGCCUAACCAUGGAGUCUCGCCGAAAAUAGGAGAGAUGCAACGUUUACUGACAUCCUCAAAUAACACAACAGCCGUUACGGAAACCGUAACUGUGACAACGGCAAGUUCGAAUGUUGCGUCUACCAAAGGCACAACGCCAGACCUUAGUCCGGCUUCUAGCCACUCGUCCGGUUACGGAUCACUCAAGUCAAUUGCUGACUGCUCUAGUAACCCACCACCUGAAUUACCUGCCCGUCAGCCAGCAGGCCAGUUCAGUCCGCGAAAGAAUGGAUUCACCAAUUUCAAAAUGCCCGCGCUUAAUCCGUUGAACGGUGCUCUUAAAGCACCAGGUUACGGACCCAAUUUCAGGUCUACUUUUAUCGACGAUGAUGACGAAGACGACGAAACCAUCCCUCCCCCACCGCCGCCACCAAGAAAUCCCAUUCCAAGAAUGAUUAUAGCCGCCGCUGCAGCUGCCAAUGCUCGCCUUUCGACGCCCGGAAAAGGAUCCGAAAGCGCAACUGUUCCGCCUCCGGGCCUCUUGACAAAAUCUUCGUCUCAGGGUGACCUAUUGGGACGUAUUUCCGUAAAGACACCCUCAUCCGGCCGGAUGAGCGAUACUCAUCGCUUACGGAUGGAAGAAAUGGGCUCCAGCGGCGUUGCUGGAGUCAAGGGCAUGUCAGCGUCUACGGAAAGCAUCUCAACCGUGCACAAGAACGGACAAAGUGGCACUUCGUCGCCUUCCAAGUUGAGCAUGGCGUCCAGCAGUGAUUCUAUCGGUUCCAACGCCAGCGUGGCGACCGUCAAAAAUGCCCCAAGCAAUUUUAUUACUGGAAUUUCAGUUACAUCAAUAAAGGAAUCAGACAGCACACCUCCAUUGCCUCCACGUAACAGCCCAACGCGAGUAGUGAUUCCAAAGCUGCCUGUCACCCCCCAAAUCGAAUCAACAACAAAAAGCGCAAUCGUUAAUCGAGUGGCUCGUCCCAGCGUAGAUUCAAGAUCCACACCCACUACGGCAAAUGUUUUACCAAGUCAAAGACCCCCUGCUUUGCCAUCCCGUCUUCGCAAGCCUCCGGUGACAAGCUCGGUAACCAGUCCACAGAAACCAACACCACCUUCGGUCCAGAUGGCGACGACCAGCACUAACGGCCCAUCCGGGACCCGUACGACGGUAACCAAAGCAGCAGCGCCACCUCCGCCCCCGAUCAAAUCGACACCAAGUCCUUCAAGUCCCAGUCAUUACGCAGUACCCGGUGUCAUGAAGCCGUUAAAUGAAAGUCCAGCCAAACAUUCGGAAUAUCAGGUUCCCGUUGUAUCGCGUGUAACAAGAACAACGAUGGCACCUCCACCUCCAUCUGAUAGCAGCCGCGUGAGCCAACCGGGAGCUCCAUUAAGCACCAGUAGCCCGAAGCUGGGAGCGCGGACUAAUGCUAGUAUUGGAAACAAUGUCAUUAGUUUGAACAUUCGAGUAGAGGGGAAAGGCACGCCUGGUCAGGAUUUACCAACGUGGACGAAUAGCAGCCCAAACCACCGCAAAUCGGGAAAUAGUGGUGCCGUGUUACCGGAGAGAGAUAAUGGAUCACUGGAUUCGGGAAGCUUUGAACAAGACUCUUUGGAUGGCAGCACAGAUUUCGACCUCACUACCCUCAUCAGUCAGUCGGAACAGGCAGUCAGUCGCGUCAUUUCACGGCUAGCCGUUCCUCCGGUAGCUAAGGCCGAACAAGUUCAUUUGCAGGGAGAAGAAGACUUGAGUCAGAUGGAAGCAGCCCGGGAUAGAUUAAUUAACGAAUCGCGUCAGUUUGUCACCGCUUCGAAAAUGUUUGUCAAGAGUGUUACCGAUUCACCUCAGACGAUGGCCGUUUGUCUGUCCCAGUGCGUCGUACUCGUCGAGCGCAUGGGUUUGGCCGUCGAGGAUGUGUCCCAACGGGAGCAAAACCGCGAUUUGCCUCCAAAAGUCCGUGACGUAGCCCGAGCCUUUCUACACACGCUCAAGGCAGCCGCCGAAGCGUCCGGACAGGGUGUUAGUGACCCGAGCAUGGGCCGUCUUAUGGGUAAGGCCACCGCUUUGGCCGGCGUCCUUACUAUUCUGAUGCGCUCCUUACGCCCGUGAACAUUAAACUCCUUUGCCCUGAGCUAAUUAAUGCGUAAACGGUGACAAUCACAAACCCGCGUUUGUUAGUACAUCGACCUGCUUCGUGUGCUUCGAACACAAAACUUCUCCGGUACAACUGUAAUUGUAAUGAGUCACACUUAGAUUGACAGUCAUUACUGGAAUUUCUGUAAAGUUUCUGGUGGGGAUGGUUCUCGUUCGUGAUGUCUAAUAACGAAAUCCCUAAAAUAAUCUCGCUAAAAUCACCAACUUACUCCCAAGCGAUUAGAGGUCUGCUGUGUCGUACGAGUCUAAUUAUUUUAUUUUGUAUUUGAUUACCUUUUGAUUCCUGACUCCUGCCGUGAAUAUAUUGUGUCCCGUGCUGUGGUUUUGCUAUUUGUCGACAUCGUUCAACCCCAUUCUUAAAAAAAAAAACAGAACAAAAAAAAAAACUUGUUUUACGCUAGUCGCCAAAAACGUUUCCGAUCGGAUUUUCCUCGAAAACAGGCAACAAGCAACCGGACAAAAGUCGAAUCGUCUCGUGUUUUAAAAUAAAAAUAUAGUAUCAUUAUUGGCAUUGCGAUUUUCUAUCGUGUGUCAAAUUCGAGAAAUUAGUAUUCUUUGCUAAGACGUUGGCGACAUCGGGUGUUUUUCGUUGUUCCGUCAAUCACCAAAUGCUAUUUCACUGUUGUUAACAGAAAAAAACGAUGUCCAUAUAUGUUAGUUAUAUUCAUCUUUUUUACCACUUUAUCUUGCAUAAUAUAACAAAAGUAAACUCUGCUGCUUAUGUGCAGUGGAAUUGUCGAAAUAUAUUUCAUAUGUAGGAGUUUCAAUGAUAUUACGCUUUGCCACUCUUACCUUUUUUCAUCAAAUUACACUCUGACCUUCCUUUUCUGUAAAGAAGAGAAAAUGUAAAUAAACGAUGAAAACAUGGGA